UGGCCGUGCGUCCCGGCUGUUGCGGAUAAAGUUGUUUGAGGCGAGCCGGCCGCGGUCACGUGAGCGGAAGAUGGCGGCCCCGGCGGGCGGCGGGGGCUCCGCGGUGUCGGUGCUGGCCCCAAACGGGCGGCGCCACACGGUGAAGGUGACACCGAGCACCGUACUGCUGCAGGUACUGGAGGACACAUGCCGGCGGCAAGACUUCAACCCCAGUGAAUACGAUCUGAAGUUUCAGAGGACCGUGCUUGACCUCUCUCUCCAGUGGAGAUUCGCCAACCUGCCUAACAAUGCCAAACUGGAGAUGGUGCCUGCGUCCCGGAGCCGUGAGGGGCCUGAGAACGUGAUUCGAAUUGCAUUACAGCUGGAUGAUGGCUCCAGGUUGCAGGACACCUUUUGUUCUCGCCAGACCCUCUGGGAGCUUCUCAGCCAUUUUGUACAGACCAGGGAGCGUCUGCAGCAGCUGGGUGAGAGGACCCCUGUCUGUGUGUACAUGAGAGACGAGGUGACUGGUAGAGCUGCCUUACAGAGCACGACGCUUCAGUCCCUGGGCCUAACAGGCGGAAGUGCCACCAUCAGGUUUGUCAUAAAGCAAUAUGACACCACUGGCAGACAGGAGCCCAUUGCAGUCAGGAGCAAGGCCCCAGGAAGUCCAACCUCCUCCAUGUCAGCUGACCAGGCAUCCAGCAGCCCCUUGCUUCCUUUGAACUCUGGGGAGUUCAGCAGAGGAGACCUGAACCAUCAGGGUGAUGCAAGCACCUCAGGGACCAGCCUUGGGAGUGUCCCAAAGCCAGCAGAUGCUCAGGCAAAGCAAAGCACAAAGGAGUCUGCAUCUGCCCCAUUUGUUCCCUUCUCUGGUGGGGGGCAACGGCUGGGGGGCCCUUCUGGGUCCGUUAGACCUCUGACAUCACCUUCAGCCAAGUCACCCAAGUCUUUCUCUGGCCCUGGGGGCCCUUCUAAGCCCAAGAAGUCAAAGCCUGGUGAGGAGACUCAGCAGGAGCCUGAACGAGAGAGAGAGAGAGAGAGAGAGAGAGAGAGAGAGAGAGAGAGAGAGAGAGAGAGAGAUCCCGUUGACCGAGAUCCUGUAGUGUGCCACCCUGAUCUGGAGGACUUGCUACAGCCCUGGCCAGCAGAGGUACCUGACGAGUUCUUUGAAGUGACUGUGGAUGAUGUGAGGAGACGCCUAGCCCAGCUCAAGAGUGAGCGGAAGCGCCUAGAAGAAGCCCCCUUAGUGACCAAGGCCUUCAGGGAGGCUCAGAUGAAAGAAAAGCUGGAACGCUACCCAAAGGUAGCACUGAGGGUACUGUUCCCUGACCGGUACAUCCUGCAGGGCUUCUUCCGCCCCAGUGAGACUGUGGGGGACCUGCGAGACUUCGUUAGGAGCCACCUGGGGAAUCCUGAGCUCUCCUUUUACCUGUUCAUCGCUCCUCCCAAAAUGGUCCUGGAUGACCACACGCUGACUCUCUUUCAGGCAAACCUCUUCCCUGCGGCCCUUGUGCACUUUGGAGCUGAAGAACCAACAGGUCUCUACCUGGAACCUGGACUUCUAGAACACACCGUCUCCCCAUCGACGGCUGACGUGCUGGUGGCCAGGUGUAUGUCCCGGGCCACCGGGUCCCCACCUCUGCUGCCAGCCCCUGACCCUGUGUCCCUGGAGUCUGAGCCAAUCACUGAGGAGGGGGCACUGGGGCCCCCAGAGCCCGUUCAAGGGACAAUCCAGCCUGUGAGGAGAAGCCUGGGCAAAGUGCCCAAGUGGCUGAAGCUGCCAGCCAGCAAGAGGUGAGAGCUACCAGCCUGGAGAUGCCCGUCAUCAGCCACAGGAUCCCACCCCCACCCACCCCGAGCAGGAAUAAAGACUCGCGCUUCUCUCAAG